CCAAUCUACGUCACGGUAAAGCUGGUGGAGACCAUACACAAGCACGGAGACGCUGUGUACUAGUCCCUCCUUGUACCUACAUUCAUCUUAUCGGUCUUCCUAGUUGGCAACUCAUAUCCGAAGAUAUUCGCCACCAUCAGUACUUCAUCUAGGUUGACGGACUUGGGUAUUGGUAGAUGAACGUAAUAUCCAUUACUCACCAAUCUUUUAUCUGAUAAUAGUCAAGCAAGAGUCUGGCCGGUUGCUGGUUGUUGGUUAAGAGGAAGGAACGAAACAGAACAGGCAACUAGUUGACGAGAAGACGCCCUCUAGUUUCCCUUACACGUGGGCGUACGCUGUCUCUAUCCUUGCUCAGGGGAAAUCCCGCGGCUCUUUGAAAGUGGCCUCCUUAUUUAUCUUCAAUCUUUACGGUUAUCCAUCUUUCUUCAAUAUUUACUACAGUUUCUCACUGUCCCCCCUAAAGAUCGAUUUCAACGACCUACUCCCGCUUGUCGCAUAAUAGUGUAGUACGAAAUAACCUAUGACAUGGAGAAAGCCGGUCCGUCAUCACCAGCACCCUCAAACAGUAACAACCCCCCUUCCUCUACAACCGCCGACGACGUCCUCCAAAACCAAUUCCAACAGCUUAUACAGCAUAAUGCGACCGUGUCGUCGGUCCAGGUGCACGGCCAGAUAAAUUCAAAACCGCCCUCCCGAUAUUCAAGUCCGGCUCCGGCUUCGGCUCCGGCGCCGCAGCAGCAGCAGCAGAUGGCCAUGCCCAUAUACGACCACGUCACUACAUAUAGUAGCGGAUAUCAACAGCAAAAUUAUCAGAUGGAGCCAAGCCCGUAUCCUCAAUUGCCCGAUACAGGCUCGUCGUUGACACCCCACAAUGCUUAUAGCACUCCCGCAACCUCACCACCAACCCCUUUACAAACAGACAGCAUUAGAACAAGAAGCGGACGAGCUAUAAACCGGACGCGCGAAGGGACACCGAUGAUGAAUUCUCGAGGUCUCAAGAGGCAAUCCCCAAUGUCAGGGGGAGAAAGCAUAGGCGCAGGCGCCAAGAAGAAGAAGAAGACUAAGGGGCGAUCAGAUGAGCCGUCAGUAGAACUGGACGCGCCGCUAAGUGUCUUAGUAAAAGAUAUUACGACAGUGCAGGACACCAAUAUCGAGGACUACGUAAACCGAGGCGCGGAGGUGCGGCAAAGGGAAGUAAGAGAGUCGAAAGAUGGCAAGGUGAAGCGGCCGAUGAACGCAUUUAUGCUUUAUCGAAAGUCUUACCAAAAUCGAGCCAAGGAAUGGAGAAAACACGACAACCACCAGGUCAUCUCACGGAUCUGCGGUGCAAGCUGGGCUAUAGAGCCACCGUCUCUGAAAGAGCAAUUCGACACAUAUUCCAAGAUUGAACGGACAAAUCACGGCAUUGCUUUCCCUGAUUAUAAGUUCGCGCCAGCUAAGGCUAAGAACAGGAAGACCAGUAGUAGAAGCACCACUGUCCAUGAGUCGGAUGACGAUGGGUCUGACCUGGAAGGUUACCAUUGGGAUACCGCACCGCCGUCAAGAAGUUCCUCAAGACCGAUGUUCGACCCGGAUAGUGAAUAUCGACCACCAGGGAUGAGAGCAGGGUAUCAGACGUACCAGUCACCAGUCAUGCAUCACUCACGACUGCCACAUCCAGCACACCCGUCCUCGUUCCAUCACUCAAACCCGGGCAAGCCUCGGCCAGCCGAGUACGGGGUUGGACUUGGACAGAACCAGUACUAUCAACAGACGAGCGACUACAUGCGCCCAACUUAUCCACAUCAUAUGUCGCCGUACGGCAACCAAAUGUCAGGACACAUCACCCCCUUUGUCGAGAACGUCUAUAUGAACAAGACAAACUCGCCCUCGGGGUCAUAUCAUAGCUCUCCUAUCGACCACUACGGCAAUAUCAUGGGAUCCGCGUACCCGCCACCACCUCAUCCGCACCAGCGCCCCAACGAGCAUCCUAUAGACCCGUCACUCAUGAGUCAAGGUGGCGAGCACUUCGACGCGCUGGGUAUCUUCGGACUAGGAGGCCAAGGUGAGGGGCUCCAACCUCACUACACGCUGGACCAGGGGGGAAAUCUAAGCGGACACAUAAGCGAGGAGCAACACCACCAACAACAGCAAUUCGAACAGGCUUUCCACCAUCCUAAUCAACCCGUACCCGAGGAACGGCCAUCGUGGCACGACGACGUGCCGAAGCUGGCAGAGGGCGAGUGGGAGACGCUGGCCGCGGGUACCGACUUCGACAUCGACGGCAUUCUGGGGACGACGGAAAGCCCGGGGGGUUAAUUUAAUAUAUCCCUGGAUAGAUAAAUGUGAAGAUCAAAGACGGAGAUGAUGAUUGAUAGAUGAUACAAGCGAGAAAUAAGUAAAACGGAAUAAGGAACUGGAACGCAAAAAAAUAUUCUGCGUUCGGAGUUUUGGGAGUAGACACACACUUUUAUGUAUUUAAAUUUGACCUUGCUUUCUUUUCUCUCUCUCGCCAUGUUUUCUCUCCGGCGCUAUUGUGCCUUGGCUUACAUGUAUGUU